UAUGCUCUUUGUAAAUAUGCCACACAUAGUGGGUAUCAUAUAGACGUUUAUUACAGUGACGUUUUGUUGUGUAUUACUGUGCUGUCGGAUAACGAUGGGGAUUGAAAGGCAAACUCGACGAAGGCUCUGCUGCUGGUUUGCUUUUCAUUCGGCUCUACUGUUGUUUGUCGGGAAACAGACUUUGGCAGAAAUAAGAUAUUCUAUUCCAGAGGAGGUGAAAGAUGGGACUGCUGUUGGAAAUGUUGCGAAGGAUCUUGGCCUUGAAAUCACCUCUUUGUUUGCUCGACGGUUCCGUGUUGUUUCUGAAUCUAAGGAUACAUUUUUUGAGGUAAACCAGAACAAUGGGGCUCUGUAUGUCCAUAAGAAAAUCGACAGAGAGGAGCUGUGUCACGGAAGUGGUGCAUGCCUCAUAGAGCUAAAAGUCAUAGUGGAAAACCCUCUGGAAAUACACUACGUUGUUGUAGAAAUUACAGAUGUAAAUGAUCACUCUCCUAGUUUCCGCGAAAAAGAGCAGAUAUUUGAAAUAUUUGAACAAACAUUACCUGGAAGGCGAUUUCAACUACACACUGCUCGUGAUCCCGAUGCUGGAAUUAACUCUAUUCGUACAUACACUUUAACAUCAAAUGAACAUUUUGAAGUAGACAUCCGCCAAAGCGACGAGGAUAAGAUACCAUUUUUAGUGUUGAAGAAAUCGUUAGACAGAGAAGAAAAGAACAAACACACGCUGCUGGUUACAGCAGUUGAUGGAGGCAAACCUCCAAGAUCAGGGACACUGAAUGUUUCUAUUAUUGUUCUUGACAGUAAUGAUAAUCGUCCAAUGUUUAGUCAGGAAACCUACCAAAUAGAAAUAAAAGAAAAUGUUCCAAUCGGUGCUUCAAUAUUCAGAAUGAAUGCGACGGAUCCCGAUGAAGGCACCAACAGUGAAAUUGAAUACAGCCUCGGAAAAACUUUAAAGGAAAAAGUAUAUGAUGUUUUUGAAUUGGACAAAUUAACUGGAGAGAUUAGAGUUAAAGGAGUGGUGGACUAUGAGGAAAACGAUGUUUAUAAACUGGACGUGGAGGCGUCAGAUAAAGGAACACCUCCACUGACAGGUGAGUGUAGAGUUGUUAUAAAAAUCAAAGAUAUUAAUGAUAAUCCACCGGAAAUAGAAGUCACGUCACUGUCAAAUACAGUGUCUGAAGAUUUAAAGCCUGGCACAAUGAUUUCUCUCAUCACUGUGAGGGAUAAAGACUCUGGUGUCAAUGGAAAAAUUAUUUUAAGCAUAACCUCAGAGGUGCCGUUUGAAUUAAAGCCCUCCUAUAAGGAGAACAUAUAUUCAGUUGUCACGAAGGGAUUUUUGGAUCGAGAGGAGGUGUCACAUUAUGAAAUUACAAUAAAAGCUACAGAUUGUGGUGAACCUCCCUUAUCUACUGUUAAAAAUCUAAACAUUCAGAUAUCAGAUGUAAAUGACAACAGGCCACAAUUCUCUCAAAAUCCAUUACAGUUUUACCUGGUAGAAAAUAACGUUGCUGGAGCCUCAGUGUUCUCUGUCAGCGCAACGGACAAAGAUUUGAAUGAUAACGCAGCUAUUUCAUAUCAUAUUGUGAGAGAAGGGAGUCAAAAUGACGUCACGUCUUUCCUAAAUAUAAAUCCAGAUAAUGGACACAUUUCCGCACUAAAAAGUUUCGACUUUGAAACAGUGAAAACUUUCCAGUUCCAAGUUGUCGCCACAGAUUCAGGAACUCCGUCACUAAGCAACAACGUGACAGUGAACGUGUUCAUUCUGGAUCAGAACGACAACGCUCCAGUCAUCCUGUAUCCAGUCAGCUCCAACGGUUCUGCUGAAGGUGUGGAGGAGAUUCCCCGCAAUGUCAACGCAGGACACUUGGUGACUAAAGUCAGAGCCUAUGACGCUGAUAUAGGAUAUAACGGCUGGUUACUCUUCUCACUGCAGGAAGUCACUGACCACAGUCUCUUUGCUUUGGACCGCUAUACAGGACAGAUCAGAACACUUCGCUCAUUCACAGAGACAGACGAGGCUGAGCAUAAACUGCUCAUACUGGUCAAAGACAAUGGCAACGUUUCACUCUCAGCAACAGCUACUGUCAUUGUCAAACUUGUGGAGCCCAGAGAGGCUUUUGCAGCUUCUGAUGUCAAAAGUGCAACUAAAGUUGACGAGGAGGACAAUGUGACAUUUUACCUCAUGAUAACUUUGGGCUCAGUUUCUCUACUUUUUAUCAUCAGUAUCAUCGUGCUGAUUGCAAUGCAGUGCUCCAAAUCCACAGACUAUACUUCCAAAUAUCUCCAAGAGGCUAAUUAUGAUGGGACACUGUGUCACAGCAUCCAGUACAGAUCUGGAGACAAACGCUACAUGUUAGUUGGACCCAGGAUGAGUAUAGGAUCUACUAUAGUCCCUGGCAGCCAUGCCAACACACUAGUGCUCCCUGACAGGAGGAGGGGAUCUGAGGAGGUAAGAUCAAAGUACAACUAUACGUCUCAUUAG